CCUUCUCCGCACUUCUCUAAUUACUUCUCACUAAUUAGAGCUUAAUUGCUAUCUCUCUCUCUACAUCUCAAUCGUGAGUUCGUUUAAUUCGUAACCAUGCAAGAAGUUAGACCCGCGGACACUCCCCUCGUUCACUCCGCCAUUGAAGGCGAGGACGAGCAUCACGAGAAAAAACCAGUUACUAUGAAAGUGAAGGAGAAGGUGAAGAAGCUUAAGAACACUGUCACCAAAAAGAUACGUGGCGGCGACGACCAGGACCAGGGCCAUGACUACGAACACCAACGCGAUCACGAUCGCGACAUGGAUGAGGAGGAAGAAGAGGAGGAAGAGGAAGGAGGAUACCAAGAGGACGACGAAGAUAAGCUAGUGGAUCCCGAACCUGAGGUUCAUGGUGCCCCUACGUAUGACACUGCCACUGUUCCUGCUGCUGUGACCGGCCGAGAAGAAACAGAACACGAGAAAGUUAGGGCAAGAGAGAGUGAAGAACCGGAGAAAGUAAGGCUAGGGGACGUCGCGGGAUCGACCGUCGAGGACCCCGCGGCCCCCCAUUCCUCUACACCGCCGCCGAGAGGUGGUGAGGUUAUAUCUGUCUCGCCAAUCAUACAAUCCUUCGAGGCCAUGUCGGUCGCCGACAAAACCGAAGGCCCGACCGGUCAAGAAGACCAGUUUUCCCCGGAGAAGCCAUCGAAGCGAGGAUACGAGGAGGAGCGUGACGUCAAACUUGAAGAUCGUUUAGAAGCAGCGGCACCGACCGCUCCUACCGGAUCCCAUGACCAGUUUUCUCCCGAGGAGCCAUCGAAACAAGCAGCAGCGGAGAAGCAAGAGAACCAGCAGAGCUACACGGAGAAGCUCAAAUCCGCUGCAGCUGGGACCACCGAGUACGGAAAGAAGAUCGCGUCUGCGGCGUACGACAAGGCUGCGGGAGUGGGUGCCACGGCGUACGACAAGGCUUCGGGAGCGGGCGCUGCCGUGAUGGCUAAAGUGCAACAGCCGCAGGGAGGCGGCGGUGUGGCGGCCACCACCGGCGAGGAGGGAUCGGGGAACCGAGAUAAGGGGGUGUCCAUGAGGGAUUACAUAGCAGAGAAGCUGAAGCCCGGGGACGAGCACAAGGCAUUGAGUGAGGUGAUAUCGGACGCAAUGCCGACAAGGAAGGGGGAGAGGAAGGGAGAGAUCGAACAUAAGGCGAGCGAGGAGGUGAUCUCAGGAUCCGAGGAGAGGAGCAGAGGAGAAGAGAUUGAACGUAAGGCGGGCGAGGAGGCGGUAAUCGGAGGAGGAGGAGAGACCGAACAAAAGGCGGGCGAGGAAGUGACAGGAUCCACAAUAUCCGACGAACGGAGGGGAGGUGUGACAAUGAUGGAGAAGAUACGCGGAGCGGUCACUUCCCUCAUCGGCAGCAAUGGCACCAGUUCAAAAUCGCCAAAAUCGCCAAAAUCGCCAGCAAGCGAUGCUAAAGAGAAAGGUGCGAAUGCGAAUGUUGUGGAGGGAACGAAGCAGGAAUCGGAGGUCCGUUAAUGGCAAAAUGGAUCAUCCUUUAUAUUGAUGGACCUGUGGAAUAAGAUGAUGUUGUCUAUUUGUUUUAGCUUUUGUUGUUCUUGUGUGUAUGGUGUGCUUUGUGGUCGUUUGCUUGGCUCACGUUGUGAGUGCUAUUUGUUGUGUAUGUUUAUUAUUAUACAGUGAAAUAAGUGAGCAUAUGUUGUUAAUAUAUUAUACACUCCAAACUUGCC